AUGAAGCUCAGAGUAAUAAUUUUUCUUCUUUCAGCUCUAGCGGAUCACCAUUUUUCUCAAGCCACAUCAAGCGAGCAAGCUAAAGCGCUAUUUUUCCCAGCAAUGACCACUCUUCAGGUCACGAUGUGCACCGUUACAAAUGGGCGCUUGUUUAAGUCGCCGAAAAAAGACUACCCCGUCCGACGGCUGGGCAUCAAUUUGGGGUUCCAGGUCAACUAUAACCUUCCGUAUCGAUUGAUGGACUUCUACAAACCGGCGUACUGGGCCCGGGCACUGAUCGGUGUUGUGCAGGGCCGCUUCAAACCGACGACCGUCGUGUCGGCCCGUGACUUCAAGCGCUCGGUUACGCAUCCCAGUUCCGAUCUGACGGCUGGCCAGCUGUAUCGUGCGGUGGAAGAGUUACUACAAGCGAUGGAAUUUGGGUCCGAUUGUUUGGCGAAAAGUGUUUGCGAAUUGGCGCACAGUCCGUUCCAUCGAGAGCCGCACCGGGAAGAUCUUUUGGUGGAAGUGACACAUUUUUUGCUAACCCCUUCAUUUCACAGAUCAUUUGGAGAGUUGGAAUACCGGGAUAGGACAAAGUAUGAAAUGGCGGAAAAUCUGGGAGUAAGCGGAGCGGACUGUGAACUUAUUUACGCCAACUGUCCUAAGUCACUGUUGGAGCAUUAUUCUAAAUUUGAGUAA